AUGGAGGCCGUUAACAAAGCCGCCAACACCGUCACAGAUGCCGCGGCAAAUGCAUACAACGAUGUCGAAGCCGCACUCUCAACCGCACCACCAAGCGACCAGUACCUCGCCUGGAAUGCCACAGGCGUCGAACAUGUCAAGCACGCCUACCGUGCAACACACGUCAAAACGCAAGGAAUUGUCAAAGGAACCCUGACCGUCCUGCCAAACCUCCCAGCUCACCUGCAACAAGGCCUUUUCAAAACCCCUGGGAGAUCAUACGACGUCGCCGCACGCUACUCAAGCGAACCCGUAUUCCUUCAAGCAGAUCAAGAACCCGGCCCUCGCGGACUAGGACUACGCAUCUUUGGCAUUGAAGGUGAAAGGUUGCCAUCCGCAGACCAGGAAGCCCUGACCCAGGACCUUUUUUUCAACAAUGCGCCCAUGAUCGAACUGACGGAUAUCGAAACAUGUCUGGAGAUCAUGCAGUUGCGUGAAAACGCGCCGUUCAUGCUACCCAACACGAACAUGAUCAGCCACAGCUUCUACACACAGAGUGCUUUCAGGUUUGGACAGUGGUAUGGGCACAUUGGACUGUUUCCGGUCAAUGAUGAGAUGACUUCCAAAAAAGAGAAGGUGAAGAGUGGAGACUCGAGGGAGCGGUUGAGAGAGUGGCUGGCUGAAUACUUCAGAGAACACGGAGCGAAGUAUGAGCUCAAGACCCAACUCGGCACAGAUCCCUCGCACCACCCCACCGAAGACGGCUCAGUAGUAUGGGACGAAGCAACUGCGCCUUACCAGACCAUCGCCACAGUAGAGUUUCCGCCUCAAGAUGCAUUGAGUGAUGAGCGCCGGACGUUCUGGGAAGACAAGAUGAAGCUAAAUCCCUGGAAUGCACUAGCAGAGCAUCAGCUUCUGGGCAGUAUCAACAGGCUGAGGGAGAUCGUGUAUGAGAUGAGCAGGAAGAAGAGAGAGCAGACCAAUGCGGUGCCGACAAAGAUGGUGAACAGCGUUGACGAGAUUCCUUGA